ACUUCGUGUUCUCGGUGUUUUUGCUCUCUGCUACGAGGGGGCGGCGGGUGAACUGUUGCUUCGGGCGGUCGGCACUGGGUUCGGAGGCGAAGUUUGAGCGAUGUUCCGGUGUGCGUCCUCGAGCAUUUUGCGCCAGGUUUCUCAGGCCAACAAAUAUGGCCAUGGGAUCAGAUGGCAACAGACGGCGGCGGCCGGCCUCAACAACACGAUGUCGCCGGCGGAGCUGCGCGAGCGUCAGGCUGUGACCACCUUCGACACGGCCAAGAUGACCCACCUGCUGGACCACGACAACCACGAUAUGCGCGACCGCUUCCGACGCUACCAGCAGGACCCGGCCAGCUACAUGAAGCCCAAGUACAACAUCAGCCUGGAGGAGGAGCGGGAGGUGGCACUGCAGCGGCUCAAGGCCGUCUGCGAUAACGACUUCAUAUCCGUGCUGAACUUCAACGACAACCCGUACAAGAUCUUCGCCGCCCACGAGCUGGUCGGCAUCAUAGACCCGAGCACGUGCACCAAGAUGACGGUGCAGUUCAAUCUGUUCGGCGGCACUGUCCUGAAGCUGGGCACGGCGCGUCACCACGACAAGCUGCUCAAGGGCAUCGAUAAUCUGAACGACGUCGGCUGCUUCGGUCUGACGGAGCUGGGCUACGGAAACAACGCCGUGGAAAUGGAGACGACGGCCACGUACGACCCGGCGACAGACGAGUUUGUCGUGAACUCGCCGACCACGCUGGCGCAGAAGUACUGGAUCACGAACGGCGCCAUCCACGCCAAGUGGAUCGUGGUGUUCGCCCACCUGCACUUGAAGGGCACCAACCACGGUAUCCACGGCUUCCUCGUGCGUAUCCGUGACGACAACAUGAAGGUGAGCCGGAGGGUUGCAGCGCCAGCUUGGCAGUAA